AUUUUGUCUGUAGCGAUGGGUGGAUGUUUGCUUCUUUGUGCUGUCUUUUUACAAUUGUCAGGGCCCUUGCAAGUUGUUUCAGCUGAGAGCGGUUCUUUGAAGUGUGGCCUGGGCUCUAAACUGUGCAAGGAUGGCUCCGAGUGUGUCCUCUACAGCCAUGUGUGUGAUGGAGAGCCUGACUGCAAGGAUGGUUCAGAUGAAGAGGACUGCGCUUCAGGAUGCGAUGAAGAUCAGUUCCAGUGUGCUCAUGGGAAAAAGUGCAUAGACAAGGUCCAGGUGUGUGACGGCGUACCUCAGUGCCAGGACCGUUCUGAUGAAAUGCAGUGCACGAAGCAGACUGAGGGCUGCGUUCAUCACUGUGACAACAAUAGUCGCUGCAUUCCUGCAAACUUCAUCUGUGAUGGAGAGAGGGACUGUUUGGAUGGCACAGACGAAGCCAACUGCGAGGACCAAGAGGAAGAUGAGCAUGAAAAGGAGGAAGGGGCCGGUUCAACCCCUUUGCCUGCUGCCUCUGUUGACUCCUCAACCCCCAUCAAGUGUCCUUUGGGCUCUAAACCCUGCAUGGACAACAUAGAGUGUGUUCUAUACAACCAUCUCUGUGACGGAGAAGCAGACUGCAAAGAUGGCUCAGAUGAGGGAGAAUGCACAUCAACGUGUGAAACAGACCAGUUCCAGUGCGCGCAUGGUAAGAAGUGCAUAGAGCAGACCCAGGUAUGUGACGGCGUGCCCCAGUGCCAGGACCGCUCGGAUGAACUGGGAUGUACCGAGCAGAUGGAGGGCUGCACUCACCAGUGUGAUAACAAGACCCGCUGCAUUCCCAACAGCUUCCUCUGUGACGGGGAGAGGGACUGUAUGGACGGCAGUGACGAAGCAUUCUGUGCUGACAAGGGCUGCAGUGCCGCUGAGUUCAAGUGUAUCAGUGGCCAGUGUGUGUCGGCCACAAUGCUUUGCGAUGGUCACCCAGACUGCUGGGACCGCUCAGAUGAGGAAAGCUGCACCAACGCACCGGUCUGCACAACCAAACAACGCUGCCCCCAGAGCAAAGAGUGUCUGGUGCAGGAGUGGAUCUGUGAUGGAGAUCAGGACUGCAAAGAUGGCACAGACGAGAAGGAUUGUCCUGUGGCUCCACUGAAAUGUGGUACGUUCCAGUGGUCGUGUAAAUCAAAGACCAAGUGUAUCCCUACAGCCUGGAGGUGUGACAGCCUGAAGGACUGCGACGAUGGCAGUGACGAGACUGAAUGUGAGCUGGUGCCAUGCCUCCCUCACCAGUUCCAGUGUGGCAGCCAGGAGUGCCUGGAUCCGAUCCUGGUGUGUAACAGCAUCACCAACUGCGCAGACGGCUCGGACGAGGGGGGCAGCUGCCAGAUUGACUGUGCGGAGGCAGAUAACAGCCGCUGCUCCCAGGGCUGCUACACCACGCCACAGGGAACGCGUUGUCGCUGUGCAGCAGGGUUCAAGCUCAUGGAGGACGGGUUGACCUGUGCUGAUAUUGAUGAGUGUGAAGGCCGGUGGCCAGGCGUCUGCAGUCAGCUGUGCAUCAACACUCUAGGGUCAUACCAAUGUGACUGUCACCCAGGCUACAUAAUGGAGAUGGGUGGACACCACUGCAAGAUCACCGGUGAACCCUUCCUGUUGACGUCCGUCCAUACGGACCUCUUCUUGUUUGGCCUGCGCAGUGGCAGCCUAGAUGUGUUGUCGUCCUCUGCCAAGAGGGCCAUCCUCUCCCUGGACUACGACUGGAGCGAGCAGAGGGUGUUUUGGGUCAGUCUGGACACUGACAGCAUCAGGUGGUCCUCGCUGGACCAGAAGACCACAGGAACUCUGAUUAAGGGUGUCCGAGCUGAUUCUAUUGCUGUCGACUGGCUCGGGAGGAACCUGUACUGGAUCGACGGAGUGAACAGUCAGAUUGUUGCCAUCAGACUGGCCACAGGCACUGUGGACCAUAGUAUCAUCCUAGAUGAAGACCUGGAUCAGCCUCGCUCUCUGGCACUGCUCCCACAAAAAGGGUUGAUGUUCUGGACUGAGAUCGGAAAUGCAGUGAAGAUAGAGCGUGCCGGGAUGGACGGGUCGGAGAGGAGGGCAGUGGUGAACUCCAGUCUGGGCUGGCCGGGCGGUGUGGCUGUGGACACCAUCUCUGAGCGAGUCUACUGGACGGAUGAAAGGCUGAGGGCAAUAGGAUCUGCAACGCUGGAUGGAGAUGACAUUCGGAUUCUACAGAUGAAAGAGACCACCAACCCAUUCUCACUGGCAGUGUUCAAUGACAUGCUCUACUGGUCUGAUGCCAAGAAGCGAGUGGUGCUGGCUGCCCAUAAAAUAUCUGGCAAAAACCACCAAGUUCUCCUGAAAAGACCCAGACAACCUUUUAGUGUGAAGGUCAUCCACCCAUUGCUCCAGAUGGGCAUUGAGAACCAGUGUGAGAAGAUGAACUGUUCCCACAUGUGUGUGUUGGCCCCGGGACCCAAGGCUGUGUGCAAGUGCCCCGCUGGACUCUUACUGGCUGAGGAUGGUCUUACCUGCUCCAGCCUGGUUAAUUCAGCGGUCCUGCUGAUGCUGUCUCCCUCUACUGUCACCCAGAUCUACCUGCAGUCCCGACACACGGCUGCAGACCUGCAGGGCUGGCCUGAACACCUGGCCCUGCAGGUGCCCGGCGUCAAUGAGGCAGUCAUCAUGGACUACAGCGUACGUGACCACACCCUGUUCUUGACGGACGACGGCACAACUUCACUCAGCUCCUUCAAACUGAAGGGCUCCGACUUGUCCUCCCAGGGCCAGCUUCUAAAACUCCUGGGGAACACCAUCACCGCCAUGGCCCUGGACUGGGUAACGCGUAACGUCUACUGGAGCAGCAACAAACAGCCCCGCCUGCAGGUGACCUCCAUCACCAGUGCACACACUGCUGUCCUCAUAAAGGAAGGUAUUGGCAGAGUGGAGUCCAUCGCCCUCCACCCUCCCAGUGGAAGAGUUUGUUUCACCAACCUGGGCCUGCAGGGAAGAGGCACAGUGGCUACUGUAGAGUGCGCCAACAUGGACGGAGACGGGCGGAGUGUGGUGUGGAAGGAUGCCGUCCAACCCACUUCUCUGGUCUUCUCCAAUAAUGGGGAGACUAUAUACUGGGCUGACACGGAUUCAGGGACCAUCGGCUCUGUCCAGCUUAAUGGAUCUGGAUACAAAGAGUUGAAGGCUGAUGAUGGCCUGGCUUCUGUGGCUGUGAGUGAUUAUGCGCUGCUCUGGAUGACUGUCAGUGACAAGACCAGGCUGUGGUACAGAGAUGAGCAGCAGCAAAACAAGUUGUGGUUUGAGGUCGGCACAGAAGUGAUCAGCAUAAAGGCGUUCGGCAAGUCCAGUCAGACUGGUUCAAACCAGUGCACGGAAAACAACGGCAACUGCCAGCACUUAUGCCUCGCCACCCCAGGAGGUCGGACAUGCAGGUGUGCCCAUGACCAAAUCCUUGUGAAUGCCACCCACUGUGGCCCGGAUCAGAGCUGCCCAGAUGGCAGCCGGCAGUGUCUGGAUCAACUCUCAUGCCAGCCUGUUGAGAAGUUCUGUAACGGUCACGUGGACUGCUAUGAUCACUCGGAUGAGAACUGUGUCAAUCUGAAGCAGUGGUCAGGAGUCAAGGUUCUCGCUCCCACCAAGCCCCGGAGCUCCUCUCCUUCUCCGCCGCCCUCUCCAACUCCUCUCCUCUCCACCCUGAAUGUGAAAGUUCUGCCCAAGAACCUGGACGCCGAGCAGUGCAGCCAGAAACGCUGCAGCGGCAACGGACGCUGUGUCGAAACCAACGGAGACACUGCGUGUGUGUGUUCACUGAUCUACAGCGGUGACUCCUGUCAAGACAAUCUCCUGAAGAACAUGCAGAGUCCGAUCGUCUACGGCGCCGCGGGGCUCUGUGCGGGAGUGGUGGUCAUUGCUGUGCUGGCAGCUGUGGUUAAACGGAAAAAGAGCGCCAACACACGGAGAGCUAGCCCAGCAGCUGUGAAGGGAACCAGUAUGACUGACCUGGAGAACAAAGCUGAGACCACCCCAACUGAACAAACUUCCCCAGCAGACUCCGACAAACCCGAGGAAGCGGUAUCUUCUGUGGGCUGAGGUUGAUUCAUGGGCAAGCAAAGUUUUAAAUAAACGG